AUGCCCUCCUCCGUACACUCCCAGGACCAGGACCAGUCCAUGAUGGACGCCGCCGCGCCCCAGGAACAAGAGCAGCAGCUGGAACAGGAAGACGUGCUGGAGCUGGAGGAGAAGCGCAUCGUCAUUCUCCCCGGCGCCACCGAAACCGCCGCCUCGUUCCAGUUUGAAGGCGAGGGCCACACGCUCGGCAAUGCGCUGCGAUACGCCAUCAUGAAGAACCCCCAGGUCGAGUUCUGCGGAUACACUAUCCCCCACCCGUCCGAGACGAAGAUGAACCUGCGUAUUCAGACCUAUGAUACGACGAAUGCGGUCGAAGCCCUCGAGAAGGGUCUGGAUAGUCUGAUGGAUCUGUGCGACGUUGUGACGGAGAAGUUUACAGACGCGCGCGACGCGUUCAAUGCCGCCGAGGCCGACAAAAUGAGCGCUUGA